AUGCUGUCCACCCGCCUCCGCCUAUUGUUCCCGCGGGCGCAGCAAGUCCGAACCCUCAGCCGCACCGUUUUCGCCUCGUACCCGCAACUGCAGCCCCCGGCGGAGCUCGACGAGCGCGAGCUACACGUCUUCAAGAAACUCACCGAGGCGUUGGAGCCGUCGAGGCUGGAGGUACAUGAUGUCUCGGGCGGAUGCGGAUCGAUGUAUGCGAUUGAGAUCGCGUCGCAGCGGUUCAAGGGAUUGAACAUGAUGAAGCAGCACAGAAUGGUUAAUGAAGUGCUCGCGGAGGAGAUCAAGGGGUGGCAUGGAGUGCAGCUGAAGACCAAGAUUGAGUGA